GAGUGCCAAGGUGGAAACGGAUGCCGCUACCUUCUCCUUCUCUUCCUCCCUCCCCCUGGUUGCUGCCGUCUCUCCGUCACUUCCAAAGACCAAAACAAAACAAAACCCUGACCGGAGGAAAGGGGAUUUUUCUUUUGGAUUGGAAAUCUCCGAGCCCUAAUUUCCGACCGAUUUGCUCGGGCAAGUGCACAAUCGGGCCGCGGAUCCAUCGUUUGGAGUGGUGGUGGGGGGCGGGUUCGAGAUCUAUGCGCCUGAGAGGGGGCUGGGGAGGGAGAGGGGUGGGCUGAGAGGGAGCGAUGGCAAUGGCGGAGGCGGCAGGGUCGUCGACGGCGGCCACCGCGGUGACGGUGGUGCUGUUUAUCGUGGUGCUAGUGGUGGCGCUACUGCUGCGGCAGAGCCUGCGGCGCGCCGCGGAGCGAAGGGAGGAGGUGCGGCGCCUAGCGCGCCUCGCGGCGGAGGAAUCCGAGCUGGCGGAGCGGGAGUCGGUGCUCGCCUACUGCUCCGAGCUGUUCCCUGGCGUGCUGCACGCUGCGGAUGUGCCGGAGGCGCCGAUGUGGGCACCGCGGGAGGUGGUUUCACCGCAGGAGGAAGAGGAGGGGGUCGUGGAGGCGCCAGCGCCGCCACCGGCCGCAGCUGGGGUCUGCGCGGUGUGCUUCAGGCCGACGACGUUUAGGUGCAAACAGUGCAAGGCCGUCAAGUACUGCUCAUUCAAAUGCCAGAUAUCCCACUGGAGAAAAGGUCACAAAGAUGAAUGCCAUCCACCAAGUGCUAAUGCUAAGCCAGAUGAUGGAGCUGCAAUUUCUGUUGCAAAGGAAGGAAAUGUUGAACACCGAAGAGCUUCUGAAGAGAAUGUAGUGGCUGGUGUACAACCCGUGGCUGAAAUUAGUGUACCGGUUGCGGCUGAGUCUGAAACUUCUGGCACAAACCAUGUUGUGAAGAGCUCAAAUGAUAAAAGGAAAGAUACGCCUUUCGAAGGGGUAUCUGCUACCACAGAGAUCCCUGAAAAGGGCAAUUCUGACAAUGUGGUCAAACUUGGUCAAAUUACCCCUCAAGUAGCAUCCUUUGACAGUAAAAGGGCAGAAUCAAAUACCAAAUCUACCAAUUUUGUUGGAAAUAGUUACGUGAAGGACUUAGAUGAUAUAUUGGUUCAUAAAUCUCAAGUUUCUGCACCAAAGAUGAGUGGCCUUACCAGUUCCAUCCAUGAAGAUAUAUAUGUUCAUUGUAAGGACCAUGGCAACGCUGAGGAUGCUGAUGUUAGUAAGGAUUGCUCUCGGAUUAAUCAUAUUAGAAAACCUGCAGAUAGGAGCUAUUCCCAAAUGGCUGCAACUGCCGUACCAGCACCCAAAAGUUCUAGGACUUCUCUUCGCGUGGAAGUUGAACCGUGCAAAAUAAAAGCUACUGGUGAAGAAAAGUCUCAAGGCUUGAAAUUAGUAACGCCAGUAUUAGCUGUUGAUAAGGUUUCUUCCAUCCAUGGUGGCCGGUCUGUAGCACCUAAUCCAUCAAGAAGGGCUGAUAAUCCAACAGAUAGAGGAGGUUCAGCAGCAAAUAACCUUGCGACAUCUUUGAAGAAAAUUGUCAGGCAACAAACAACACCAAAAGUUGUGAGGCAUUAUCCUUCAGAGUUGACACUUUUUCCAUAUGAUGUUUUCAUCAAGCUCUACGACAAGGUUGAAUUGCGCCCUUUUGGUCUUCAUAACCUUGGCAACAGCUGCUAUGCAAAUGUUGUUCUUCAGUGCUUGAUGUUUACUCGACCACUUACAACAUAUCUUCUGGGAGGGCUUCAUUCGAAAAAUUGUUCCAAAAAGGCAUGGUGUUUCAUGUGUGAAUUUGAAAGACUUAUUGUGGAGGGCAAGCAGGGCAAGACUGCUUUAUCACCAACUGGGAUACUGUCCCAUUUGCACGAGAUUGGAAGUAGCUUUGGUCCUGGUAAACAAGAAGAUGCUCACGAAUUCCUUCGGCACUCAAUUGAUGCUAUGCAAUCUGUAUGCAUCAAGGAAGCCAGAAAAGGUGGCGCUCAUUGUUCAGCAGAAGAAACCACACUUGUACAACUAAUAUUUGGGGGCUAUCUGAGAUCUAAGAUAAAAUGCACAAGGUGUCAUAUUAGUUCUGAGCAAUACGAGCGUAUGUUAGAUCUUACUGUUGAAAUAGAUGGUGACAUCAGUUCACUCGAGGAAGCACUUCAGCGGUUUACAUCUACAGAAGUCUUGGAUGGAGAUAAUAGAUACCAGUGCAGCAGAUGCAAUUCCUAUGAGCGUGCCAAGAAGAAGUUGACAAUAUCGGAAGCCCCAAAUGUCCUGACUAUUGCAUUGAAAAGAUACCAGUCUGGCAAGUUUGGGAAGAUCAGCAAAGCCAUCAGAUUCCCAGAGACCCUGAACCUAUCUUGCUACAUGAACUCAACUGAUGACAAUUCUCCUGUUUACAGCCUAUAUGGAAUGGUUGUCCAUCAUGAUGUCAUGAAUGCUGCCUUUUCUGGUCAUUACGUAUGUUAUGUCAAGGACACACAUGGGAAGUGGUACAAGAUAGAUGACAGUCAGGUCAAACCUGUAUCUCUGGAAAAUGUAAUGUCGAAGUGUGCAUACAUGCUGCUCUACGCAAGGUGUUCACCAAGGGCGCCAAACUCUGUACGACAUGCUAUGAUGGUUAACGACCCAUCAUAUGCGAAGAAGGCCAAGCAUAAGCCAAACUUGGAGCAGACACCAUUGCAACGGGGUUCCUUGAACAGACACCAAGGUGGUGAGUUGCAUAGAGAUCACAUUACAGAUAACCUCAUCCGCAGAUUUGAUGAAUUUGGGGACGCACCAUAUCCAGCGGCAGAAUCACCAAGCCCAAGUGAGAGCUCGUCGUUGUUCAGCAACUCUGAUGCUGGGUCACACAGCACCGUGAGCACAGAUAGCAGUGAAAGCACAAGGAACUCAACCAGCACUGAUGACUACGAACAGUACUUUUUUGGGAGCUCAGAUCAAAUGUAUCUGGGAGGCCCUAGAGGGGCACAUGAGGAAAUCGGCUAUACGAGCUAUUCUCGGUCGAGAUCUGCCUUGGGCACCAGCUCAUCAGGCCAGGAGGUGGAUGAAGAGAGGUCUGUGGAGCAAAGGUUUGAGGUUAGUAGAGGGGGUUGGCUUGAGGGUGGUGAAAGCUCACCCUUGUCGUACACUGACCAAAGUAAGGAACACUUGUUAACAGAACAAUGUAGGCAGUUUGGUGGUAGUGAGCAUGACCCUGGAGAAGCCAGGGGCAGUGUCUUGUUGAGAAGAUCGGCUAGAGAAAAAACCGCCCAAACAUUUUAUUGAUGUGGAGGGUUUGGGUUGAAUAAUGUAGCUUCUGUCAUUACCUCGUUGCAGUGGAAAUAUGAAAAUGGGCAAUUCGUAGA